ACAAAGGAAAAGAUCUAUAGUAUCGGAUUUAAAAUCGUCUAUUGACUACUAAGUUAUCAAAUGUGACAUAAAUUGUCAAAAUCUAAAAAUGUCUGCAGAUAUAACCAAAAUUUCCCAUAAAAGUUCAUUCAAACCUCUGGUUCAAUUUAACUAUACUGGAGAGAGAUCACCAAAGCCAGCUAUAAAUCAAAAACCAUCUUUCGAUCCUUUCAAUGAUAUCGUUGAAUCGCACGCUAAAUUUUUUAACAACAAGAAGAUUACGAUAUACGUAGACGAAGAUAGUAUAGAUGAAAACGAAUGCAUUAUUGUAGAGAAAAAGAGGAAACAAGAAAUUUGUAAUCGAGAAAGUAGAGAAAGUGACGCGUCACCUAUCAAAUACGAAUCCAUUGUGGCCAAAACCAAAAACAAAGCAAAUAAGGAUCACAUUGUUACUUUCAGUUGUACGAAUAGUAAUCUUGAAUUUACUAGUAAUGAAACCAAAUGGUCUCAAACCAGUGAAUCAACGAGUGGUGAUUCUAAUGAAUCAUCAAAAUCUUCUUCUAUUAAACCAUCGCACCCUUCGGAAAUUUGGAAGACAAUUUUGGCAGCUUUACUCUUAUGUUUAACAUUUUUUAUCAAUUUAAUAGCCUUGAGUAUAGUACAUGAUAAGGUACCUAGCAGAUCAGAUGGUCCACUACCAGACGUGGUUCUUGAUGCUAUAAGUAACUACAGCCAAAUGCUCUAUAUAUCAGAAUACAUAAUAAUGUUUUCUCUAUUUUCUUCAGUUACAUCUAUAUUACUAUUCCACAGAUAUAGCAGCAUAAUUUUUAGAAGAACAUUUCUUAUACUGUCUGUUUUGUACUUGUAUAGGACAGUUACUAUGUCGGUAACAGUUUUGCCAACAGCUUCGAAUAAAUAUAAAUGUGCUCCAAAAUUGCAGCAUCCCAGUUAUUAUGAUAUAGUUAAAAGGUCUUUAUCGUUAAUUCCCAAUUUUGGACUAUCUGUAAUAGGCCCGCAGGAAUUUUGUGGCGAUCUCAUUUACAGUGGCCACACUGUUCUAUUGGUACUGAUUUCGUUGGUGAUGUCAGAGUAUACAACAAAAAGUUUGUGGAUGGUGCAUUGGCUGUACAGGUGUUUGGCUUUAAUAGGUAUUUUAAUGCUGGAGCUGUCUCACUCCCACUAUCUCAUAGAUGUCAUAAUAGCAUAUUAUAUAACAACUAGAGUAUUCUGGACAUACCAAACUCUUGCAAAUAACGAAUUUUUAAAAAACAUGGAUACAAAUAAUUGCUUCACAAGGGCGUGGUGGUUUCAUAUAUUUUUGUUUUUUGAAAAGAAUAUACAAGGGCCGGUGCCCAAUGAAUGCCAAUGGUUAUUUGAUAGUGAAGACAAUGAAAGUGACAAAUCUAAUUCGUCAAGGUAUGGUUCGAUCUGAGAUAAAAAACGUGGCAUUCUCCAAGGAUGCUGUUAAAUAUUUUUGUAAAUUCAUGUUUGUUAUUGUAAAUAAUAUAAAGAAUUUUUUUACAAAGGUAUUCAAUUAGGUAGUUUCAGG